ACUAACUUACUAGUGGUGGGCGGAUUUCAAGCGACUGGUAAACUUUAUUUACUCUCCUUUAAACUUAAAUUGUAAAUAAACAGCAUUUUAAACAUUUUGUGAGAGCAAAUCUGGCAGUACCGUCUUUAAAUGUGAUCCAAUGUUAACUCUUAGCCGUUAUUUUUGCUCGAACAGAUCAGGGAGACAUCAACAGCAGCGAGCUAACGUAUCAUUAGCUAGCUGUUUUUACAAUAGUUUACGGACAACUUGUUGGUUGUAGAGUAUCUCUUUUAAAUUAAAACAAGCAGACAGCAAAAGUUACCGGCUGAAUUGAGUAGGUUUUACACUGUGCAAUAUUAUGAUAGGCAUAUUUGUAGGCUAUUGACAAACAAACAAAACAUCCACUUUGAUUCAGACCAUAAAAACAGGCAGCAUAACACCCAGUGAGGCUACUGUGUAAGUUAUCAAUCAAUCAGUCUUCGUGUGUUCAACACUUUUCAUACACAAAAUGUAGUUUACAUCACAAAGUCUAUGACAGAUGAGUCCAUCAUCAAAAAACACUUGUGGUAAGAUUGCAACACCAAUAAUAAUAAUAAUAAUAAUAAUAAUAAUAAUGAUGAUAGCGUUGUUGUUGUUGUCGUUAUAAUUAGAUUUUAAAUGGAUUAAGUAAAGAGACGGAUAAAACUGAGUAGCAAGAGCCUCAAGACUUGUAGGGGAGAGUGGGGUAAGUUGAGCCACCCCCUAUUGCUUGGAAAUGGUAAAAGAAAUUGAUCAUGUGACCAAAUAUUUAGAAGAUGGGCAUCAAUUCAUGGAGUCUGUGAAGGUUAGAAGCACAUGGGUGAAGGGGGUUAGACAUUUAUUUCCAAAAAAAACAUUUUUCACUGUUGAAAGUGAAUUUAGUCAGUUGAAUGGCUUAUAAUAGAUAAAAAUACACAUGAAUUCAAAGAAGUGACUGUUAUUUAUAUGCAGAUACACUACUUAGAGACAAAACUAUGAUUGACUUGAUGUAGUGAUCCGAAAUAUAACAAAUGGCUCAUCUUACCCCACUCUCAACUACUUUUUAUUCUAACGGAAGGGGACAUGUAGUUGUGUUAUCUUUUAACUGCAACACCUCUGAGCUUCCACAAGAUGUCGCCACAUGAGUUGAUAAUAAUUAAGAAGCACUGUUGCAUUGCCCCUACAUUUUGUAUGAAUAGAGACAUAUAAAAAGGAUGAAUAAAAAUUUGAUUGCUUUGCUUGGACAUGUGCCACAUAAACUAUAAGUGGUCUCAAAGAAGUUACUAAUAAACUAUCUUCCUUUUUAUCAGUGAAGUCACCCUGAGUGUAAGGAUGCCACCUAAGAGACCUAAAAGUGGCAAAGGCAGUUCAGGCAGCAAACGGAAGAGUAAAGGUGAGUGUCUGUCUCCAUCUUUUUAGUAGGUAGUGGAAAAAUGAAUGUCUGUCAGAGGAAGAUUACACUGCAGAUAAGAGUAACUGUCGCUUUCUGCCCAGGUAAAAAGAUAGAGUCACAUGUGCCAAAGGAAGAGCCUGGUAAGAGGAAAUAUCACACAUCAUCUGAUAUAUCAACCCAUUUAAGCUAUCAUGGGGGAAAGAUGGUAGUAGUUCGUUACACAGAUAGAUAGAUAGAUAGAUAGAUAGAUAGAUAGAUAGAUAGAUAGAUAGAUAGAUAGAUAGAUAGAUAGAUAGAUAGAUACUUUAUUAUUUAAUUUAUUAGCCUGAUGCACUUACAGUCCUUUACAAUGAGGCUACACCAAAUUUAUUAUCAUUUUUUUACACCAAUGCACAGAAACUCAAUCACACAACAUGAGUGACUUGAAAGAUGAGAUGUAACUCACAUGACAGACAGUUUGAGUUUCACCGCGUCUUUGAUGAGAUGGAGAAAUGAAUCCUCCGAUAGGAUCUUGGGAGUACUGUUGCAUAGCCUUCGGACAUGCUCUGAACUCAGCUCUGGGUGCUCAUUGUCAUGGUCUGGUUUACUGUCAACAGGCUUUUGGUCAAAUGCAGGUCACUAAUAUCUACCAUAGAUUAGAUCAUUGGUACCUGUGGGAGGUUAAAGUAAUAGUGUCAAGCGUCUGUAAGAGAAGGACUGGCUUUAUUAAGUGCAAUCGUUCGUAAAUUUCACCUCAUUUCCUGGUGAAGAAAUAACAGCAAUAGGAAUUCACUGUGGUGUAGUAUAAAUAUCUUACAGUAUUCAGAGAAAAUAUGCUAGCCUUGAGUGGAUUACGCAACAGGAAAGAGCCCAGACAAAUUAAAAAUACCUCUCCGGCGUAACCUACGAGUGCAGUUUAAUUACAUUCUUUAGAGUUAUGGAGCAUUGCACAUCACACUCUCUUUGUCUCUCAAGCAAAUAUUUCCCAUGAAUACAAAUGCCAUAGUUGACACAUAACUGUGUGAAAUGAGGGGUGUGAGUUUCCACGACAAUGAUUUGGCGCGAGGCCUAAGUGGUGUGAGUUGGGAAGGUUGACACACCCAGCUGGGAAGUGGUUACUUAAGCUGUACUUAAGCAUUCCCAGCGUCCCCUCAGCAACCUUGUGGAAAGACUUUGAAGAGAUAGACCACGAGCAGGAUGAAAACUAUCAUUAUGCAGAGUCCUGUUUACUGUAGAGUUCCCUGGACUGAGCCUGGCUGUACGUAUAGAGAACACUACAAAGAUUGUUUAUAAGGCAAAACCUUGCUGGGAUGAUGGUGCAGCACUGCGGUUUAUUAUAGAAACAAUACUGGAUAGAUGUCUGUAACUGAGCCGCGCGUGUCUUGAACUCAUGCAUUAUUGAUCAAGCUGUAUAGCUGAAAAUACAGCAGCAUUCUGUGUCUGAGCUAUUGACAAGGGUUGCAUUUCAUCCUGUGAUAUUAUGUGGUGGUCCAACCCUGCAGGGAGGGGCAGGUGACGGAUCAGAGGCCUUGGUGGGUGUUUUAUCCCGAAAGUGGGAGCAAAAAUCUGUGUCAGGGUCCGGAGGCGAUGAUUACUUUAAAGCCUGUGCAUUGUGACAAUAUCAGAUGACAAGUGAGGCUCAGGCUCAUAGUUGUGGUAUCUAUGUUCUCCAAUGUUUGUGUCCCACCAUGUUUGUGUGUCUGUUUUCAGCACUUUGACAACAGUUAGUAAUUCUAAAUAAUCAACUUGAUCACACACAUCAAAUCAACACAAGAGAAGGAGUUACAGCACAUCCACUGUUUUAUUUAUUUUAAGACAGCUAUUUCCAUGAGUGCUGUUAACCCUUAGAUCAAUACCUAAAAAUGUAGCCUGUUAAUGAGGAUUGGGGACUUGAUACAAAGCAGAGGGGUCUUGUCUCACCUUGUUAUGAUUCUACACUGCAUAACCACCAACUAACUAUACAUCAUCCCUUACUUGAGUCUUCUCCUGUACCCAGUUUCAGAUUAAUCAUUCUGGAGCUUUACUUCAAGGGUAUAUUCUAUGAAAUUAUAUUAAUGUUAGUAUCGGGGUAGAAUAAUUUCCCCUCUAGGAUCACUCAGAUGCCGAUUGUUUGGAAAAAUGCAGCCGUAGUGACUUCUUUAAUACCUUGAUGAUGGAAAAACAAUACAAAGGGAAACCCAGACAGACAAUGGCAGAUCACUUUCAUAUUUUCUGGGUCAAAUUGGCAAGAUCUUGCUAGAGAAAUUAGGACAAUUUUUGGCCUUAAAGUUGGCUUUUCGUUUGUUACGCUGUAUUUGGGUAAAACCCCGGUUAGACUAUAAACCAGGACAGUUAUCUGUAUAAAGUGCUUUUGGCUGCAAGCAAGAAGGUCAUUACAUGGAAAUGACAAUUCUGCCUUCAAGGAAUGACUGGAUCACCAUUAUCAACGAAAUUCAAAGCAUGGAAGAACUGACUAUCUCAAUAAGACAACAGAUCGAUAAGUAUACAAGGUUCUGGGAAAGAUGGACUUCAUAUUCUGUGAUGUGUAACUCAUUGCUUGUGUAAAUGAACAUUCCAAUUUGUACCAUUUUAUGACCCAUGUCAACCAAAUCAACCUCUCUGCCCAGUUGUACUCUCAAUUUACCUUCUGUUUUGUGAUUCUUUGCUUAUAUGCUUGUUUGUUUGUUAUGUUAAAAAAAAAAAAAGAAAUUCUAAUAAGAGGAAAGUUUAAAAAAAAACAAAGGUCCUGAAGGAUGCCAUGCUGGUGUUGGAAUGGUAGGAUAGUGCCUUACAGUAGAGAACAUGCUGAGUGCUGGUGCCUCAUCAGAAACACCUGGUACCCUCUUUGGUACGGCGCCCUGGUCAGUCUGAUUGUGCCUCGGGAUUUUAAUGGUUUCCUACAUUAGUUCAGGAGAGUUUUCUUACUUGUUUUGUUUGUUUUUUCUCCAUUUUUUGAUAUGAGGCUUCUUGGCCAAAACUUCUGACAUAAUCUAUUUUUUAAAUUCUCUAAAAGACAUCAAACUUACAAACCUUUGAUACUUUAAUGAAGUGUUUUGUCCAGAUGUUCCUAAUAUCCAGUGUCCAAGUUUCAACCUUUAAAUUCUGUUUUUUACAUAUCUAACUCUUUGUCUACCGUCUUUCUUUUUCGUCUUUUUCUCUGUAUCGAUUGCGAACUCUCUCCAAGAUGAUGAUGACCCUGAUGACAUCUUUCCCAUGGUGCUGACAUCAGCGACCCAGCAGCUCUUUGGUUGCAGAGCUGAUGAGGAUGUCACGGGCGAGAGCCCUUAUAAGCUCCUGAGAAAAGACGACAUCGUGCAGGACAUGAAGAAAAGAGCUGCAGUGUCCGAUUUCAGCCCGGUGAAGCAGACUGUGCUGGUGAGCUGAUCUUUUGUCAUCCUGAUCACUCAGACUAUUCUCCCAAGACACUAUGUACAGAUUCCGAGUUAAGGGCUGUGGGCUGGACCAGUAACCAGUUUAACCUCGCCCCCACUCUGUCCCUGAUCGAGGUUAAAUACACCACCACUCUGAUUUAAUGCUUUCAGUCCACUCCUCCUUCAGUUAAUUACUCUAAUGAGACCAGAGAGCACCCUGAGGGACCCACACAGACUCAUCUGAUCUUUGAAGAUGUGUCUGUGGUUGUCUGACUUACUCUGCUUCUCUGAACCUCAAACCAUAGACUUCAUAUCUGAAAUCCUCAUCUUACCCCUCAUUAAAUAUCUCAACCAAAGCACUUAUGCAUAAAAGUAACGUGGUUGCCUAAAUCAUUUCAAACACACCACAUUAAUUAUUCUAUUGAAGCUGAGCUGUGAAAACUCUUGACUGUAAUCACUUUUAAAAUCUUUUAUCUGACAGGACUACCCGGAGGAUGAGAUCUUGCUGGUUUUUGACAGGGACUUCUUAUAUGGCCAGAGUUUCUACCUGGUACUGACACCUGAGGCUAAGGAGAGAAUCCUUCAUGUAAGCGGACCGUAGUUUUGUUUAUGGUACCAGGAUUCGCUGGUUAUCUAAUUGCUUCUUUUACCAAUUCUUCUCCACUACUUCUUCUUCUAUCACCAUUGCUGGGUGAAAAUCACCCGAAGAUGUGCCUGUAGGAAAAAGCAGGUUUUGGAUCAGGGAAACAAAUAUGUCUUUAAAGAUGUCAAAGGAAAUGCUGAAGCUACCCAGAGACCCAUGAUACUCAGACAAACGCAACAUCAUGAAAAUCAUGUAAACAUGUUUGGUCGGGUGAAAAUCACCCGGUGAUAGUUUUCUAGGGUUAAGAUAGAAGAUGGAUGAAAAACGCUGUGUUGUUGUAGCUUCGAUAUUUGGAAGAUUUCGGGUUUAAAUACCAAAUAAUCUCAAACUUUUCUUCCACUUUCAGAGAGUUUCUUGUUCUUUACAUUUUUCUUAGCCCUCUCUAUUUGUUCACUGCAGCCUCCAAAGCCUGAGACAGCAGAAGCAGAAGUAAUUGAGAACGAUGCUAUUAAAACCCCAGAACCAAGGCAAUGGAUAUCCCAAGGCAGCGAGCAAGAAAUAGAGAAUGAAUGUGUAAAAGAGACCCGAGAAAAGGUACGGCAGUUUGAAAACAUAAAAAAAUAUGUUUAAUCAAAUUCCUUUUAUUCUCUUGAAUCUAUCUCUUCUUUUUUUUGCACCAGCUGUGUAUCAAGUUCUCCAGAGUGAGGAGGAAGUUUGGGGCACCGGUCUGUUUUUCAGACCACAACGCUGAUUUCAUAGAGUGCCCCUCCUAUAAAGACAGCAGAUUCAGCAUCAAGCAGAUGCAGAGGGACUGCGGGUUACAGGCUGUUCCCACUCUGCAGAGCAGCAGCGCUCAGACACAGCGGUAUGCCAGUAAAUUAGUGCACAUAAAAUUGAUUUGUUCUGCAGAGGGGAAAGCACACACAGGUUCUUCUUGCACCUGUCAGGCUGCUGAAAUAAUUUCACCUGUUUCAUUGAAUUAAGAUAAAAAAAAUUUAACACAGGUUAUAAAGCUUUGUUUUAUAUACACAUUACCACAUUAGCGUUGAAUUCAUCUCCUCUCGUUUUACAGGAAGGUUCUGAGGAAUAUCCACACUCAGUAUACGCCAAGAGAGCUAAGUGAUGAAGACAAGGAGAACAUCCAUCAGUCCGAAAGUCUGAGGAAUUUUCUCAAAACAGUGACUCCCAGGUAAAAAAAAAAAAAAUAGUCAACUCAAACUUUGUGUACAGGUACUAUAAACCAUAAAAGAACAUUUGUUGUAUUAUAUGUAUUUUUUUACUGCAGCAAUGAAGUCAUUGUUUUGCUGUAACCUCAUUCCCUUAACCUCAUAAAUGCAUUACAUUCUUUUGCAGGGUUUUGCAUGCUCUCCAGCAGGCAGAGAUCAUGGAUGAAUUCACUGAUGACAGGAAGGCUCUGAGUUCAGCAGCUAAAGACGAUGAUAGCAAUGAGCAGGUUUACGAAGAUCUGAUGCUUGUUCGGGUUUUGGCAAACCGGGCCUACACUAAAGACAAGACGAUCAGAUGCAUAAACUGGCAUCCUACAAUCCAAGGUAAAGUGUUAUAUCACUUCAUAUAUUUCCUUUAUUAUGUGUAUAUAUUUGUUUGUUUAACAAGGUCAUUUAAACACUAAGAAAAUACAUGAAAGUUACAAACAAAACGCAGUUAUAAAGGCAAGGCAAUAGACUGUGUAUACUAUGGACAACUUGGUUCUGCCUUCCGCCAGUAUACGGAUUUGAAGCCGAGGAGCUCUCUGUUUUUCCGCAUUUUUUCUUCAUUUCCUGAAACCAACAUUGCGCAGUAGCAUUGUAUGCAUACAUUGCAAGAAGGGGGAAAAAAAUUAUGUUCUGUGUAAUUAAUUUCUAAAGUUUGUCCACAGCUCAUCCAUAGAAGACAAUUUUUGGUUAGCUAACAAAAACCAAAGGAGGGGGCUUAUAUAUAAUGUAAAAUCGUAAUCUUCAAACCACUGCUGCUUUAUAAUGUUUCCUAUCUGUCAUCAUUAGUAAUUAGGUUCUAGCACAAUCUUCAACUGAACAUCAGUGCCAUAAAAGGCAAUUUCUAUUAAAAGGAUCUCAGGGUUGAAUCAGUAAAAGAUAUUGGCAUCUUUAAGACGGUGAAAAUGUAUUUAACUUCCUGUCUAAUGUGUUUUUUUUUUGUCGUGUUAGGUGUGAUAGCUGUGGCGCUGACAGAGCGAAGAGAGACGCAGUUGAACGAGUCGACAGACCUCACCGUCAAACAACAUUUUAUCCUCUUCUAUAGCUGCAAAAACUCCACUACCCUGGUAUGAGCGGUCCAAGAGUUAACAUUUGUCUUUUUUCAAUCUUUUUUCCCUCUUUCAGUAAAAGCUUACAAGUAAUUUCUUUGUAGUUUUAUCCUACAUUUGCCUGAAACCCAUGAAAAACAAGGUCUUCUCAGUGCUGUCAUUUAAUACCAUCAUGUGCUCUAGCAAAAUCUGAGAGGCUCUAUCGAUUUGACCCUUGCUCCCAAUCAAUGAACCUGAGCUGCUAAAUCACUCUAAAGUAAUAUGAGUUCUGAAUGACGUCUGCCCUCGCUGCUGCAUGUGUCAUGCUUUGUUUCACUGUCUGCUGAAGCUAAUAUCAAACGACAAAGGCUUACUAUGUGAAGGACAUAAGACGCAUUGUACGAGGAAGCUAAAUGUUUUUAUUCAGCGCUAUAAGAGGAAGAAUGUUGUAAUUUAACCGAGCUGCUUAUUUUAAACACGAGGCUAAAAAAUAACUUCUCUGUUUUACCAUCCCUCCUCUCUUGGCUCUUUUUCCCUAUAUGCCUGAGGAAAUAAAAUCUGCUGUAUGUGUUUGGUUUUGUGGAUUAAAAAGCUGAACUUUGUAAAGAGAGGAUAGAAAAAUAAACACUCUCGAGGAUAAUCCAGUACCUAGGAAAAUCUUCUUUGAAACGUAAUAUUUCUGCUCUGUGUUUGUGGCUUUUCUGUGUUGUUUGCAGUUGCUGCUGGAGGGCCCAGACGGCAUUUUUGCCUUUGACUUCAGUCCCUCUGAUCCAAAUAUUAUUGUUGGCGGCUGCGCGAAUGGCCAGGUGCUGACUCUUACUCCGCUCUGCUUUUCCACUUUGUUGCUUAUGCUGCUGUUCUGUCUUCCAGGAUAUUUCAAAAAGGGGAAAAUAAUCAUUAUCACUCUUAGACGUUUACCGUAUCCACAAUGGUUGUCAUCUCACAUCAUUGUUAUUCAGUCAUUUCAUGUUCUUAUUAUUUCUUUAAUAGCUUUUAAAAUCACUAUUUAAACUUUUGCUUUUUAGCAUUUUCAGUAUAAGUUGUUGAACUUUGCUGCAUGUUACAUAACUUUGAUUAGAGAGUCAAAAAAGAGUCCUUGUAUCACAUAAACUUUCAUCAACUUCCUGACAUGCUUCUGAUUGGAUAAUAUCUACCCUGCAAAAAGCUCAAAACUUCUGAAUUUGUCUUAUUUCAUGUCAAAAUAUCUCAUCAUGCUUAUUUUUUUGCUAUUUUGACCUGACAGGCCUAUGAAUCUCAAGAUAAUAUAAGAAACUUUUUUUUAAAAGUUUUUUAAAAUAGGUUUUACAUCAGAAAAUUAAAAAAUAUUCUUGCAGCAUUUGCAGUUAUUGUUACUAAUGAAGUCUUUAUUUUAAGUGUCUAAUAUAAAUGAUAUUUUGAUCGUCAAAAGUCAGCAGGAUGAGAUUUUUGUUAGAAGAUGCUAAUCAAGCAUGUAGAGGACGAGAUGGGCGAAGACUGCUUUGUCCACAGAGGGCGCCAAAAGUGACAAAAAAGUUUAUUACAGGAGCUUUGAAUAAAGUAAUUUUAGAAAAGUUUCUGUUUGUUUCUGUUUGUUUCUGUUUCAAUAAGCACUCUGAGUCCAGCUCAGAUGCUGCUCUUCCUCACUGAUGUUGUGUUGUUUUCUUCUCAGGUUGUGUUAUGGGACAUCUCCGCUUAUGUCACUUACCUACAGGGAACACAACCCGGUGGUAAAAAGUCCUCUGUCAACACUGACACGUUCGUAAGUACCUGUAUCCUAUCUCUAGUGUCCACAGUGUUGCGACAAUAGAACAUGGUGUUCUGUAUCUGUGACGGUGUAUUACAUGUGGUGUCGGUUACUGUAGUUCUUUGACUUAUGAUGAUGUCAGCUCGGUUUAUACAAGUAUAGGUCGUCAGUUUAUCAAAGCAGGCAGCAUGCUUGCUGUAAACGACAGGCUGCACUCAUCAGUGGUGCUGUAUGACAGAGAGAGAUGAUGAUACGUUGGAUCCUGGAUUCUCUCCUCUCCCUCACCCUUUCAUUAGAUGGGAAUGCUGUGGCCCUAAUGGUCCUUUUCAAGCCAGCCACAGCUGUCAAAACUACUUCCAUAAACACGCUGAUGCCAGAAGCAAAUCUCAGAGCAGGUUUAUAUCAUUACAUGACCCCGCUUAUAAACAAAAGCAGCCUCUGGACAAGCCGGAGUGAUCCAGCUGAAUAAAAAUAACUGUGACGAAAACUAUAACUCAUGACAUAUCAGCGCUGUUAUGUCUAUAGAGAUACCGGGUGCAGGUGAAAGGGGGGCUAUGGAAGUAAAUCUGUGCCAUCUGAUUAUGAAUUUGAAUUUCUAAAGCUGAAUUUUUUUGCAUGAAAAUCAGACUAAAUUUCGAAACUUGAAUUUCAAGCAUGCUUUUUUAUUUCUGACACUUAUUUUUUCACAAUGAUGAAAUAAAUUCUGUAUAAAAAAUCAGUCGCUCAAAAGAUUUGUUUAGUAAAAAUUCAACUUAAAAAAAAUGUGUAAAAAAAAAAAAUCAACAUAAAAAAAUUCAAGGUAAAAAAAUUCAGUGUAAAACAGACCGACUCAGCAUCCGAGUAACCUGGGAGAGCAAUCGAUUCCUGGCUCAAUCGUCCACCAUCCAGCCAAUCAAAUACCAUAUUUUUCACACUAUAAGGCACACCUGAUCAUAAGGCGCACCAUCAAUGAACGCGUCAAUUUGCAUCUAUUUUCAUACAUAACUCGCACUGGAUUAUAAAGCACAUUAGGUCAAACAAAACAGUCAGAUAAGUCAAACUUUAUUGAACUCAUUCAAUAACUCCUUCCAUAGGGGGCAGAGGUAAUGAUCUGUGACAAAAACCAGCACUUCGAUUUAAACCCACAACACAGCAAGAACAUUAAAUCUACCGUAACCUGUUGAGACACCAGACACCAAACACUGAAACAGAUCUGCUCCUUAAAGCCUGACCUCCUCUGACAUCUUCCACUGAGCUGCUGUAUUGAAACAGACACAUAUACCCCCAUUAUCCAGCCCUCAUUUACUUUGUGUUUAUUGCCUCUACAGUGGAACAGAUGUCUCCAUCCCUGUCCGCACUACUUCCUUCUCUUUUGCUUUCCCCCCUCUCCAAUGACCAUACCUCCCUCUAUUCUCUCUCCCUCAUUGUUUGCUCUUCAUUCCCCAGAGUCAACAGCAUCAGCAUACAGCUCCAGCUGCUACACACAGCCUCCGUCUCCCCACCAGAUAACACACAAGCAAAUCCGAUCACUGCCCUCCUGUUUGUUUGCAGUGUAAACAACGGGAGCAGCAUCUGCUAAGAGACUUUAUUUCCAUAUUGAGUGUUAUGAAAGCCGCACUAAACCAGCACCUGUUGCUCUCUUAUCAGAUGGACGGAGAAUUUAAAUGCUCUUGUAUAUAUUUGUGUUCUGUUCACACCUUUUGAACCAAUCUGCAGCUGCACCACACAACCAACAGAUGGAUAAACAUGCUACCUGAUUUACCAUGUAGUGUUAUGUAACAAAGAUAAAGCUCUGAUGUUAAAGUAUAGAUUUACUAAACUUUCUUUCAACCUGCCUAGGAAUCAAAAGUGCAGGAUUUAGCAAUAUUUUGGGUUACCAUAAAACUCCUAAUAGAAGCCCAUUUCAACUAAAGACAACUUGGUUCUGCCUUCCGCCAGUAUACAGAUCUGAAGCCAAAAACCUCUCUGUAAUUCCGCGUUUUCUCUCCAUUACCUGAAGCCAACAUUGCGCAGUAGCGUUGUACGCACCCCACCAGUUGCACAGUAGCAUUGUACGCAUUCGGCAGGAGAGUCGCUGUGAUGAGCUCGGCUCGGCUCAAACAGUGUAUCCCCUGUGUGUAUCCCCUGGGUGAGCUACGCAAUCUUCGUACGCCCAUAGGCUGUAUCAGGUGUCAACCAUAGAAAACAUGAACCACUUAAUAACUUUUAAAAACGGAGCAAAGGAAAAAGAGGACUUGAGUGCAAGCAUCACAAGCAGAGGGGGGAAAAAUUUGUCCACAGCCCCAUAAGCUUUGCUGGCGGAGGCAGGAUUUAUGACCUAUACUGCAGCCCGUCACCAGAGGGUGCUGUUCUCGGAGUGGCUUCACCCAGCGAGGAGGCAGACGGCAUCCAUUCUUUGUACAGUCUAUGGUUUUGACAUAUAAGGCAGGUCUUAAUCACAAGCCUGUGUAAAUUAUUUAUUUGUGCUAUUUAGCGCCUGAUUUGUUUCACAACAUGUCACAUUCACUGAUCCCUGUGGUGGCACUGAGAAAACAGGGGGACCUGAAAACUGUCAGGCUGUCAAGUUUGUGCAACAUAAGCAGCAGGAAGACGCCUCCCCAAUGAUUGUUUUUUAUUUUUAGAGAGUGACAGGAGGUAUACAGCAACUUCUGUUUGAGAAAGACAGCAAAAAGCUGUCGACUGGGGAGGGGUGGGAGAAGAGUUCCUGUCGUGAUCAGCAGGAGUGUCUGUAAAAGUAAAUCCACAGAGCAUGGGCAUGUCACUGAUAAGCUCCCACAAGUUGAUCUGGCUAAGAAAUGCAUGCCCCAGUGAGUCACAGGAAGGACAAGACACUUUUACUGCUUGUGCGGGCUUUAAAAUUGUAAUAACAAUAAAAUCCAGUUUUUAUUGGUCAAAAGUUUUGUUUGAAAACUCUGAGUGAGGCAAAGUGAGUUUAAUGGAUUAGAAGAAAUGCAAGUCCAGCUACCAACAAAAAAAUUACUGCAGACUUUUUCUCCAACCUGUGUCUUUGAUGACUCUCACACAGUUUAGUGUUGGAUAUUCUACAUAUUUAUAUAUUCUACAUGCAUACGAUGUCACUAUUUGUGUUGUUUAUAGCGUAGAUACUUGUAUAUUAUCUCUAUAUUUUUACUUAUUUCACUUAUUUUAUCUAUUUGUCUCUAUAUUUUUUACUUAUUUUAUCUAUUUUACCUUUUAUUUGAUCUAUUAUUGAUCUCUUCUUUACUGUAUUUGCACUGGAGUACUGUAAACAAAGCAUUUCUGAUUCUGAUUCUGAUGUAUGUAAUGCAAACUUUAAUUGAUUGACCCCAAGCCUUCAUACUUUUUAGUCUUUUGAUUUGAGCUCACUGUACACGCUUUGUGUUUCGCAUCUGAUCUCCCGGCAGGCCUCUGAUGACAAAGACAAGAAGACUCCUGUUGUGCGCUUUUGUGCGGCUUCCUCCGGAGAGAGCGUCCAAGAAGCACCGAUUACUGAUGUCCAGUGGCUGCCACCCACGUUUGAGGUAGGCAGCUGAUAUUAUACAUAUAAUCUGAACCCUGAUUACGCAGAGAGUUAUCUGUGUGAACUGUCUGAACAGAGGCGGAUACAAUUUGUCACUGUUUGUUUUUUCUCAUUAUUUUAUCAAACGCAGUAAAAGCACUGAGGCGAGUAGAGUCAAAGUCUUAAUGUCACGGUCCUCUCAUUGUAUUAAUCAUUUCUUUACCCAGCAAUAUUUGUAUUUCCAGUUAUAACCUGAGUCAUAUCCUGCAUCUCACCCAUAAUGAGGCAUCACUUAUCAGUUCAGGCAGAAGAGAGGCUCUGACAGUUUGGUUGCAACACAUUGUGGGUGUGAUGAAAGGAAUGAAAAUAAUUAACAGGAAGCAGUGAAAGAACACAACAGGUGGAAAAUUUUCUGGGCAGCACAUCGAGGACAGUUUUUAUUCCCAGUCCACUGAACAGCAGCUACUUUGUGUCUGUGUCUAUCUUUUUUUAUUCAUUUUGGAUUGUACCCACCACUCAACAUUAUGAGCAUGCUUCAAUCUUAAAAUGUUAAAAUAGAAAAAUCGCUUCAUUUCAUCAGUCCUGAGGCAGAUAUUUAGAUAAAAUAAGAGACAGAUCUCACAUUUAAAAGAGCAUAUAAACACACAGAAUAACUCCCACAGUUUCACAUUCAAAAUAAACAUUUUUAUCACUUUAUGAAUGACUCUUACUUGGCUGGUUAAAAUACAAGACAAGCCCAAAAUCCAGGGAACUGGCAUUAAAAGAGGGAACAGAAAUGAUUCAUGAAUACAUAACUAGUUUGUUUUUAAAUAAUAUUUGACUUUUUUUUAUUUAUGUCUGUUAUUCCCAUGCUGCCUCUUAUUUAAUCAUCACUAUUGGUUUGAAGGGAUGAAGGAUUGUCAGGGCAACAUACAUAUUAUUGCGUUACCUGUAUUUCAUGCUUUUUAAUUUAUUUGACAAAUGAAUUAAAUUAAGGUAGAACAACCAAAUUAUUGCGAGUGGGAACUUCAAUGAUCACUAUAAAAGGUAGUGCUGAUAGCUGCAGAACCAGCGUUCUUUAAAUCAUCUUUACCUUGAAAAUAUGAAUACAUUACAAUACUGGUUUCCUGUUGGCUCUUAUUCUGUAUGUUUAUAGCUAUAAUAAAUCAUGUCAACCUCUGGCACCCAUGUGGAUAAGUGGAAUAAGGUAAUCAUCAAAGUGCCCCACAGGAGCACGUAAACCUCUCAUGGACCUUUGGGAACCUCGUUCUCUGCUGUCAGAGUUUAACAACACAAGACCGGACUGACCUCUGCUGAUUCUGUGUGUCGUUCUCUCUCUCUCUCUCUCUCUCUCUCUCUCUCUCUGAUUAGGUGACCAAGACAGGUGAAGCUGUGGAGAACAAGAAUAAGAUCUCUGUUCAGUUUGUCACCUGCUCUCCCUGGUAGGAAAGUCUAGCAGUGACAGUGUGUGCUUGCUGUGUAAUAUUCCUGCCUGUGUGAUGAACCAGAAAACGCUGCUAGAUAGAAAACAUCCAUCAUCUCUGUCUCAGUAUCAUUUCUUUUAUUAUUAUCCUGUUUUUGCACUUUUUGUCAGUCUGUGCAGCGAUCAGUUGCUCUUAAAGUUGUUAAAUCUCACGUAGAAAUACAGAGGAUGUCGUUAGUAUGAGUUUUAACCAUUUAAUAGGUGAUAUUUAGAGUUUUUGUAUGCAUUUCCAGCACAUAUGGUCAGGUUUAUGGAUGUUACAGCUGUGCUCAACCAUGUGAAUUAAUAAACCUGAUGGUGACUCCUCAGUCAAAUAAGGACAUCCCUACUGUCAAGGUCCCGGUUUAAACAAAAAGGAAAGGGCCCAAAUGCAGAACAAAAAUGAUUUAUUUAAAAUGAAAUAAAUAAAAAGCAACAAAAACUUACUUAAAAUUUCCAGCUGAAAAAUUCCCCAAAAAACACAAGAAGCAAAAUCCAAAGGACCAAACAAAUCACUGGGGCAAGUAUCACAGGGAGCAACUGUAAGCGACAAACAUACAAAUAACACAAUAAACCAACAAAGAGAAAGAGGAAGACAAGGACUAUAUAUAUACACAGGGAAAUGAGCAACGAGAGGCAGGUGAGACUCUGAGACACAGGUGCAGACAAUCACAGAGGAGGGAGGAAGUAAAACAAGGCUAGAAACAAAGGGAAUAAACUGCUAUGAAAUAAAACAGGAGACACUGAAAACUGAUCUAAAGAAUAAAACACAGAGAAUAUGGAGGGAAACAGGGUCAGACACAAACUGAAAACGCACAAAACAGUACUACAGGGGAACAGGAACAUUAGGGAACAGAAACAUCAGGGGAAAUCACAAAGAAAAUAAACUCAAAUGACCAAAACCAGGAAAAAACUAAAUACCAAAACAUAUCAUGACACCUAUCUCAUACUUUUAUUGAUAAUUCUGCCGAAAGUGACUUGAAAAUUGCUCCUUAUGUUAUAUUAUUGUAUUAUACUGCUUUCAUUACUCUGUAAGUUCCUGUUUGACCCUCAGUAACCUCCACCAGUCAGCGCACUGAUGUUCUGCAUGGACUCGCAGUAAAAACAAAAACACAACGACACUCAAGUGUUGUCCUUGUACUGAACAUAACAAACUGUUCCAGUCAAAUAUUUAGGCCAUCGUCUUGUGGAGCUGAAAACAAGUCACUCAAGACUCUGUUUUCCUCGGCUACCCAAGGAAAAGUCUUUUUUUUUCUUUUCGUUACACUCACUGACAGAAAUGUUUCAAAUUCUUCGGCUUUGCAUGUGAGACUGUUCUUAUAACAACAUGUCAUGCAUGUGGUUAGUAAUGAGGUAAACCAUUUUAUCACACAACCCUGUGACUGAAGAUAGCUUCUUGUAUUUUUACUGUUCGAUGUUUAUAUACCAGAUUAUUCCUCCUUUGUUUUUGGCAGCAGUUGUAUUUGAGACAUUUCUUCAACCCAACUGUAAUCAACUGCUAUAUAACUAACAAUAAAAAUAAGUAUCUGUUUUAUAUUUUUUGUGCUCAAUUGUGUCCCUGUCCUUUCCUCUUAAGUGCGAUAAUGUUCUGGGAUGUGCGAGUGUCCAAACAGUGGUCCAGCUGGGCGUCAGGAAAGAAACACACGACAGCCCACAGCGUCUCAGAAACUUUCAAACACCUCGGCCGCUGGUGGAAACCUCUGUUCAAGGUACUGGGUGCAAUUCAAGCAAAAAAAAGAGGAUGUAUUAAUGUUGAUACUGAAAAUAUCAGACAAACAGCUGAUCAGCCUGCAAAUAAAUCAUUGAUAAAUACUACAGUCUCGGUGUAAUAAGUUUGACUUAUUUAAACAAACUUCUGAAUGUGUGUUAAUGUUUUUUAUAUACUUGUGUAAAAUUUGUUGCCCUCUAUUGUGCAGUUGUGCGAGUGUCACCUGUGUUUCUGUUUUUAGUCAUGUUUAUUCUCUGUCAUCUCCUCAUGUGUCAAACUUUGUCGUCCUCUCUGCCGUGUGUCAGAUUACCCCGCCGAUGAUCAAUACCAGAAGAGAUUAUUCUCCUUUGAAGUUCAGCCUGGAACACUACACCUGUACUGAUGAUAAUACAGCUGGGACCACAGGUGAGGGGUUUCACCCUCGAGGCUGCCGGGCCUUGGGUGUCUCUGUCUGUUGCAUGCCUUCUCACUGUGUUAAAUACUUAAUUCUGAUUGGUCAAAACCGCUCCGUGACGUCAUUAAUUCUGAACAGAAAAGGCGACACGAGGGACGACCUGAGCACACAAAUCACACUCCAGAUCAAGCUGUGUUUUUGUUUUUGUGUCAAAACUUUUUGGAUUCAUUUUGUCAGUUUUAAAAAUUGCUGAAUCAUCUCCCAGAGAUCUUUCUUGAUGACCUCAAAGAAUUACUGUAAGCUUAUUUUUAGGCACAAUAACAUUUUUUUUUUGUUUGUUUGUUUUUACAUAAAACAGGUAGGGGAGAAUGGGGUAGGAUGAGCCAUUUUUCAUAUUUUGGUUUUCUACAUCAGGGCAAUCAUAGUUUUGUCUCCAACUCGUGUAUCUGCAUAUAUUUCAAGAUGUGAGAGUGAGAGAUAUUGUUUAUUUGAUCAAAUAUACAUACAGUACAAUUUUAGACAAGAAAUUCACCUAUUUUUGGAGAUCGAAAAGGAGUAGGUAGAAGCUAUUUAGCUUAUUUGUACCUACCCUCAUUCCUUCCUCUUCAUUGACCUUUUACAUUUUAAUUUAAUGUCUUGGUCCCUGCAAACCAACAGAAUGAGUGUAAACAUAACUGUCUUGAUAAUAUAGCAUGCCAAAAAAAAGUGGUCUACUAUGGUCAACUUACCCUGUGUAUGGGGUAAGCGGGGUAAGUUGAGCCGUAUCCCUACUCCUUUAUUUUGGAAAUAAAUGUUUACCCCCUCUUCACCCAUGUGCUUCUAACCUUCACAGACUUCAUGAAUUGAUGCCCAUCUCCUUAAUAUUUGGUCACAUGAUCAAUUUCUUUUACCAUUUCCAAGCAACAGAGGGUGGCUCAACUUACCCUUUGGCUUAACUUACCCCACUCUCCCCUACUGGUGUAUCACGACAGGCCAACUCAGUAUUCAGUAAACUAUAAGUCGGUGGUUAACAGAUGGCUAGUCAACGGCAGAAAAAAAGGUCAAGAAAUGGUAAAACAGCUGAGUCAAAGAAAACAGACACAAAGCAACUACAAACCAGAUCCAGUUCUGGGCUUCGGUAGUACUACAGGACUGAUUGAAUAAGAAAAAAGGGUCCUUGUGUUAAUUAUGCCCACCCAGAAGUGGUUGAAGUGUAAUUAAAGUAAAAAUUAAAACGUUCAUCUGUAGAUUAGCUGACAAAAAAUCUGUAGCCAGAGAAAUGCUGGAGUGGAUGAUCAUUUUGAAAUCAAGAAAAAUCCUCUUGAGGUUAACUUGGGAAUAUAUUUAGUUGGUGUCGGGGUCUUUUCUCUCUUUGUCCAGAUUCAAUAUCCUGUAACUUUUGUCAAACUGUUCAUUUUCCCUUAUAUAACUGAUCAAAAUCCAUGUCUAUUCUUAUCAUUUUACCUGCCCAUCCAAACAAAUACUGAGGAGAUGAAACCACCUGACUGCAAGCGGUUGUUGUCAGAGUUUUGCGUCAGUCUUAACCUACUGCGAGUAAAGGGUUUAUUGUUUUUUUUUAACUGACAUUAGUGCAGAAACUUAUCUUACCAAAGCGUGUCUGUGACUGCAGGUCUGUGAUUAGCAGGAUGCGAGAUUCCUCUUCGGAUGGUUGAGCACAGGGCAGGGUUCACUCAGCCCCUCGGGGACUCUCAUUUUCUGUCUCUCUCUCUUCUCUCCUCCGGUUUCAUAGCACUUUAUUAAGUGAUACUUCCAAAACAAGGCCCUCAUAGUUGCAAAGAAUUAGCCUCGCUGACUGUCAGCUCUUUGCAAUAUGCCGCUCAGGCUCCUUAAGGGCUACAGGAUGAUGGUGUGUGAGCGUGUGUGAGUGUGUGUGUGUCCUGGCUGGUCAAGAAGAGACCUGUCUUUGUCUGACUGAAGGUCUGCCACCAUAAACACAGUUUUGGUGGCUGGAGGAUGUCAAAUUAAUAUGUUCUCUAGCCAAAGCAAUAAAUCGUCUGCUUUUUUUAGCAGCCCCUGAGGCAGCUUGUUAUUAAAGUUUUAAUGAAUACUUGUGUGAUUAAUACUUCAGAGCCACUUAAGAUGUUUCUCUGUUAUUGACUGAGUCUACACUGCCACUCUCUGAGCUUUUUAUUCAGCUGACUCUCUUCUGUUAUCUAUCUUUACUGAUGUAGGGGUGAGUUUUGAUUAGAGAAGCGUCUGCAGAAGAGAUCCCCUUCGUCCUAAACCGGCGCUUUCGACACGUUUUUGCUCGCCGUGUCUCGAGGGGAUUAAGCAACAGUUAGGCAGCCGAGCAAGAUGGUGAAAGUGAAGCCGUAUCCUCUGUCUCAUAUCUUUACACACAUCUUAACUGGAAGAAAGUGGAUUUAGGAGAUGUAAGAUUGGGUAAUCUGAUCUGACCUUCAGGAGCUAAUCUAACAGAGUGAAGCCGAGACGUGAUUGGGAGCGGCCGGCUGAUAAGGGGGUGUGAACGGACAGUCCCGCACUGUCCCUGACAGACAGUUGGGCUUUUGUGAUGGAAAAGGCCUCUUCCAUCACUACCAGCCCUGCCUACUUCAACCCUCCCACCCUUCUCCCUUACUGUCCCCCUCACUCUCACCUCCACCUCCUUUCUUUCCCACUCCCCUCGUAUCCCCUCUUACCAACCCAUUCACCUCAGCUGUACUCCUCCCCACCCGUCCCUCUCUUUUGUCCUUCUGCCGUCUGGUUCAUGGUCAGAUUACAGAGCAGGCUGCACAUAUGUCACUUUCUGUCCUUGAUUUUUUCCUUAACAUCAAUAGCAAAAUGUUGUCCCGCCUUUAUGGUGAUGUUUUCCUCGGUUUACAGAGUAUUUUGAGGAAUUUAUUCUUUAUGCUAAACUCUAAAAGCAGCUGUGUGAAGUGUGUGUGAGUGUUUUAAAGCACAUGAAGAUAAUUGUUCCCUGAAGAGGUUUCUUUGACAUCUUUGUCUCAAGUUACGAUCGCCCUGCCUGUUUUGACUGGCUGAAAAAGUUCUGAACUUUUAACCUGCCUUAUUUUCCGCCUUGCUCUACAAAAUCUCUCUUCCUUUUCGUUUCCUCUGAAGAUGAUCCGGCUGAUGGUGAAAGCUCAGAGGUCGUCCCAGACUACAGCCAGCUCAGAACGCGCUCAGCUCAAACACUCAAACCUCUGGAAGAUGUCAACACUAGGAUGUAUGUAGGAACACAGGUAAACACUAUUAAUCAAUACAAUGACACACUAUAUUCAACCAAAGUCGUUUCUAGGAGUCCACGAGCUCCAUCAUGCCGUAGCUCCCUCUGGAUGUCUGGUUUAGCUGCUUCGACUGCAUGCAUCAGUCUCACCUCUGUCCAUCUCUCUGUUUCUGCAAAUGUGUGAGAAACAAGAAUCCACACCCUAAAAACACAGGACAUAAUUGUGCUGCUAGACAAGUGGUUCAAGUUCAAGCUGCAGCCUCAGGUGGUGAAAAGUGAAGCAACUGAAGUCGUGCAAAACCCGCAGUUCCCCUGUAGUCACCCACCCCUGUUGAUAGUAAACAUAUUUACACUCUGGUUUUAAACAUUGUUCCUUUGUUUUUGACAUCUAAAAUCAGUCCCCUUAUGAUCAGAGAUACAUCUGGUUUGAUUUAGAGGUGCGUUCCUCCCAGUUGGUGGCUUCAUUGAAAUGAUAUCCAGGAAAAUUCAACAAAAUGGUCAUUGGAAAAAAAUAAGUUUAUUCAACCUGUGCGUGCUUUUUCAGUGUUUCUUUUUAACAAAUCUAAUUAUGUGAAUAUUUUCACUGCCAGGAAGGAGUGGUUGUUUAUACUGACUGGAAACAAGACAACAAAGAGUCCGGACAUCUGCACAGUGAGUACUCUGUCGGCCUUUUCCAGACAAAACUUUGUUAGACAGCCAUUGUUUUCUAAAGCAGGCCAGGGUGUUCAAAUAGUUUUAUGUAUUCCACAACAGUCAGGUUUCUAUUUUAUUUUUUUCUAAUGAAACACUGGACAUUGUCUUCCUGUCUCUUCUUUCUACCAGAUGCCAAGUCUCUCCAUCACGGGGUUGUGAACACAGUGCAGCGGUCGCCUUUCUAUAAAGAUACAAUUCUGACAAUUGAAGACUGGAACUUUGCCAUCUGGAAGGAGGGAGUCACGGUAAAGACACCAGGUCAUAUAUGUUGCAGAUUCAAGCUCAUUACUCCUCUUGACUUUAUUUAAACAAUACGAUUUUCAGGAUGGCCCCAUUUUCACAUCACCAACUUCGGAAACGGCGUACACUGCAGGGUGCUGUUCCCCGUCCAGAUCCACUGAUUUCUUCAUCGGGAAUGAGGAUGGCAGCAUUGAGGUAUGGGACCUGCUCAAAAAGACUAAGGAACCUGUGCAGGUGUACAAACAUGUCAUCAAGGCCAGGAUCACCUGCAUCAAAUCAUGGAGCGCCACCACAUGUGAGUUCAAAAUUUUACAUUUCUAAGAAGAGUACAUCAGUUGUUUGAAUCCGUUUAGGACCACCUAUAUUAAAAAGAAUGAUUACUUUGCAAGCGAUAAGUUAUAUUUGGUGGUAUGGUACUGUUCUGAGAGUUUCCCAUCUUUAUAUGGCCAUGUAUGAGGUAAGGGAAGGAAAGCACACCCCUCAUCUGUUUCUUAUACAUACGUGAAAAGCCAAGGGAGCGAGAGCAGCAGCAAAGAUCCCUGAAUACAUAUAAACAUACAUGUAUUUAUUGCAGAUAAAACACCCAUUUGGACAUCUGCCACUUGAAGGUGGCAAAGGUCACCCAAACCCCCCCCAAAAACCCAAGACAGUAUGUAGAAUGGACGCCGCCUGCCUCUUAGAACAGCACCCUCUGGUGACGGGCUGCAGUACAGGUCAUAAAUCCCGCCUCCUCCAGCAAUCCCUAUGGAGCUGUGGACAAACUUUAGGGGCACAUGUGUGCAUCAAAAAUUUUUUUGCCGAGGCAACAAAUGUUUUUUCAUGUAAAAAUCGCUGUGAAGUUAAUUUUAGGUUGGAGAUCCGAUGGACAUUCACUGCGGAUCUACCGGUGUCUCCUCACUCUUCAUAACCGGUAAUAGUAGCGCAGUUAAAUCUACUCGGCAUCCUCGCUGUCAACGUUGGUGUUGAAUAAGGGACCGUCAAUAAAUUACCGGUUGAUGUUCCCCGAAAAGUCUGUUUUCCUUUAAUAGCUUCCAUGUCAUGUGACCAAAAGAUCUAAAAUUGAUUUCAAAUAAUAAUACUUAUGUUAACCAAUAAGACACACAUUAUUUGAUCAACUUUCAUUGUGCCCCAAAAGUUCUUUGUGUGCUCCUUGUGAAAAAAAGUUAGUGUCAAGCCCUGUGAAGUAAAACAGUUAACGGACCCAAACAUUAUUCUUGACUCAUCGCUGCCCAUCUUUAAACUGAUCCUCUGCCAAGACUUCGACUGUGCCCGACUGUCUGUUUUAUUUGUUUUUUCUUUUUGUUGGUUAAAGCCAAGCACUACUACCUGGCUGUGAGCGAUGAUGUUGCCGCCGUCUUUGUUUUCAGACUCCCAAAGUCUCUCUACAAGAAAGAGGUGAGACUAUCCGGCCUAAAAGCUAACAAUUCAAGCAUGUGUAGCUCUAUUGCCUGCCUUUAUUUUACUGAUAUUUAAAUCCUGAUGAAUGAGAAAGUAGAGAUGAUUUUUUUUAAUGGCAGUAAGACCAAUCUGUUCUGUCUGUACGCAGAGUUUGGGUCUGGAGAAAUUCUUCGAGCUGGAAGAAGACAGGCUGAAGGAUUUUCAGAGGAGGGUUGCAAAAAUGAAGAAGGAAGCUGAUGAACUGAGAAAAAAAGGGGUGAGCUUCACUGCCAGACUCUGAGAAAGAACAGAAUAGUCCUUAAGUACUUAAGUGUCCUCUUUUUCUCUCAUACUUUUCACCCUCCUGCUCCUCAUCUUUAAAUUGAAGAGCAGGAGGUCAUCAUAUCACUCUGAGGUUUGGAGAGAAAGGGUCACUCUUGACAAUCAGUGCCUGAAAGUUUCUGUCAGUGCUGAAAGUUUUAAAAGAUAUAAGUUAUUUUAAGGUUAAAGGUGAAGUUUAGUUUCUGUUCAGACGUUUGUGGAUAGAGUUUUCUUGCUUGUUAUGUCAGUCAAACAAGUCCAACAUUAUAUUAAACCUUAAAUGUUCUUUUCUAACUUUUCAAAUCACUCAAAGAAAUGUCAGUGGAAAAUGUGUUUGUAAUCUUAUUUAUGUGAAAGCCUGGAGUUACUGAAUUAUAAACAGUCUUUCAAGGAAAUCCAUUUUCUGCUCAAAGGAAAUAUGAGCAUUAAUUUGAAAUGUUUAAUCUAAUAUUAAAGAUUGUGCAUUUUUCAUCUAAGCUAAUUUGUUAAUUCUGUCAAGCCUUUCCUAGAAGCCCUAAUUUUUCCAAGAGGAGAAGAACUUGUCUGCUUGAAACUAGUGCUUUGAAUAGUUGCAUUGCUUUAAUGAAAUAACGAGUAAAUAAAAGUAAGAGGAAUGAAAAUACAGCUGAAAAAUGUCUGAUUUAUGACAUGUUUUCUAUAAAUGACCUCAAUAUUUCAGCGUGGAACAGUCGAAAGAAUAGAAAAUACCAAAUACCAAAUCUUAGUGUCACUCAAAAGGUCCUUACACACCGGGAAUGACGCAAAUAUAUGAAGCAAAAUUACAAAAUAUUCAGAGGCGAAUUUUGACGCACCUGACUAUACACAUCAAGCACACUGCAAUUUCGCGACUUUCCGAUGGAAAAAAAAACAUGUCCUGGGUGGAAGCAAGAAAACUGAUACAACAGCAGACUGAGUGUUUUUCAGUUCUGAUUAGACUCUAGUGUUGAGAUGUCUGUCUGUCAUGAUAGCAUGUACUGAGUUGGGGCCAGUACCAGAUAAGCACAUUAAACUAUAAUCCAUAAACUUAAGGUAACAACAGAGACCUAAUGGUGCUGUGAGUUUGAGACAGUGAAAAUACAUAUGGUAUGUUGUCUCUGAACAGGUUAGCUCACGAGCUAAAGUUACUUAGCACAAAUAAAAGUUAAAACAAAGACGUUUAGCAAACUGUUAAAGCACACAAACCAUCGUCAUAUUAGGAAUCCGACGCUAUGACUCUCCACAAGUCGUCCUUCAGGUCGUUAUCUUUGUAAUAUUUGUGUUUUUUUAUCAAAAAGCACUCUGUUCUCCGACAUGUAAACAAUCGGCCAUGUUGGAUAUACCGGUGAAUUCGAUGUCGCAACAACACAAAAUCUGAUUGGUCAGAAGUGGACACACAGUAUGCAAAACUUUAGAAAAAUGCCACAAUAUCGCAGGACGGGAAAACGUCGCUGAUGUGAACGCUUGUAUUGACAGGAAAUAGGUUAAAAAAAAAAAUAUUGAUGUCCGAAAUAAUUGCACGAAAAAAACACUCCCGGUGUGUCAGGACCUUAAUUCGUCACUUUUUUUGUUGUUGUUUUUCAGGAGACAAACAAGCAAAUAAAAACCCCAGAGGAGCAGAAGGAAGAAGAAAUAGAGAUGAAGGAAUACAAAGAGUACCUGACACUGGAGGAAAACAUCCUAAAGGGCUUAGGCCUCUGGCAAGCUCCUGCUGAAGCGUAACAACAGAAACAUCACACACAAACUUCACAGAGUUUUAAAACUAUUUCACACACAAAAAGACUCUAACAGCAGCAUUAAACGUCAAGAAAAGUUAUUGUUCCCUGAUCCUUAGAGGGAGAAAAUGUUAAACCACAUAGUCUAAUAAAAACAAUAAGUGUUUUCUGUCACCACCCUAGCUUAAAACAGAGCCGUAAAUAUUCCCAUGAAUUGAUUCAGCCAUCAGAGCGUUUGGAGCUUUGAGCUGCAGGGUUUUUCCUUUUUUUUUAUCCGCUCAUCUGAGAUCUAAUUACCGAGAGAUGCCAUCCAUUAGUGCCCUCGUCAUCACAGCUCCCCGAGGAUCCACCGUGGAAUAUCAAUGAUCUGACCUUGACAGGGAGUAAUUUUAUACCUCUUUAAUUCCGUGAUAUUUAUCUUCAGGUGAAAGCUCCUCCUGUGUUUCUAUCCGCUCAUAUUGUAUGAUGUUGAUUUAGGACUGUUCAGACGUGUAAAAGAAGAGAAAAUAAAAGUAAAUAAUUCAUAAUCCUCACAGUGGUCGUGCUGUCUCCAGAUUUUAUAGAGUGCUACUUCAACAUUGUUCAAAUGUAAUUCAAUUCAAUUUAGAAACUUUAUUUGUCCCUUGGGGGCAGUUGGAGGAAGGAAGGAGUAAAUCCGUUGCUUGAAUGAGGAUCUUGCCAGAGAGCUGAUUUGCGUGAAGCAGGAAAUUUCACCUGCACUGAUGGUGUUGAAGACAACAACAGAGGAGCAGCAGAGAAGGUGCAGUUCUUUCAUCAAUUCACUUUUUCACCUCAAGGAAAAGGUCUGAAAACUUGCUGGAUUUCAUUAGUUUCGCUCCUUCCUGGGAAUAAGUAAAGGAGGCCUCAGAGUUCUGGGUCCACCUCAGGUCAAGAGCAGCUCAGCAGACCUUUAGUCACAGCUGACAGCCGGUGUCCUGCCAGGAAAAAAAAGGCCGCAGGGAUAGAAGGAGGGGGUCACUGCAGAGUACAGGGGCAGCUGUCUAUAGCCAGGUUUUCACACUGUGCCUUAGACGUCCCUAAAGGGAAGAGAGAGGACUGGAAAACACGGAUGAGGAAUGGAAAAAUGAACGAUUCAGAGCAGAAGGAGAAAAAAUAUAAUUAAAAUUCAAGAGAUGGAAGACAAGAGAGGGUUCCCCACGGCAGAAGUGAGUCGACUUCACUCUGGCCAUGACUCAUUCACGGGGACGGUCCUGUCACUGAGACGAGGGGGUGGAGGGGGGUGGGAUGAAGAAUAGGCUGAUGUGAGGGCGCACAGAGGCAGGCGUCCAUAUGGCCCCUGAGGCACCAACAAGGCACUGGUGACAAAAGGGGCCUCUGCUCUCCGCUCGUCCCCUCCUCAAACUGCUCUGGGAAUUCUGUUUUGCAGCCGUCCCUCUCUCUUCACCUCAGUGGAGCCUCUCACUUUCUCCAAGGCCAGCUCAGGAAUGUGCCUUUUACAAACCAACACACACGCACACACACACACACACACACACACACACACACACACACACACACACACACACACACACACACACACACACACACAAGGGGUGUCCUCACUCUCUCUGGUAAGUUAUUAUUGAACUUGCUGCAGAAGAAUGUGGUCUGAUUGAGUUUUUCUUACAAAUACAAACACAUUUUAGAAACUAAUGUCAAAGCAGAUGACUUUCAACCAGUGAGUCUGGUUCUGUUCGGGGUUUCUUCCUGUUAAAUCCAAGCUUUCUGUUGCAACCAUGGCGAAAGUCUUUACGUGAGCGAUAUCUUGCAGUUAUAAGGUGUUUAAUACCCACCUUUACUGUGUACGGGUGGUGCACCUUAACACUGGCUGUCAGCCAUCAUUAUGACACAUUUCAGAGAUUAAGGUCAUAGUCGUCAUGAAAGAGCCGGUGGGUGGUGGUGGGUGUUGAGGCUAGAUCAGUUGACAACCAUUGUUCUAGACUAGAGAGUGUUUGAAAACAGACGACAUGACAGCUCCUUAAAGGUGGAGCUAAAACAUGUAGAGCUCCCCUAGUGGCUGGUUGCAGUAUUGGCCACCAAUACUUGCGAAUUCGCCUACUAUAUUAGCAGUACGUACUGAUUUGCACAAAAUUUAGUAUGCAGUAUGCAGUAUGCCAAGAAUACCCGGAUGGCAUACUGAUUCGGGAAAAUUUCACAGUAUGCAUUGGACCAGUCUGCUUCGCCUACUGUUACCCACAAUGCAAAGCACUUGGGCAGACGGCGGGAUAGCGGAGAGAGGCGAAACUUAUCACUCGAGCAUUCAUUUUCUAAGAGGACAGCCAAGAUUUCUCCUUCUGACAGCCUGUCUUCUCCUCCUUCUUUAUGUGUGCAAACCACUGACAAGACUGUUUUGUUACCAUACCGUGCAGUUUUUAUCCUCUAUUUCCAUCGCCUCAAAUUUCUCCUCAUACAUUCCAUAAAAUAAUAAAGUCAUCAACUGGCGACCUUGGCUGACCCUUAAGAUGAUCUUAAGCUCCCCUUUUAGGUACUUGAUACACUCUCUUAUUGGUGGGUUGGAGGUUGAGUUCCCUUUUAAAGUCAAUUAUACCGGCAGGAGGGUCUGGAUGAUUCCCCUCUGCUCUCAGGUACAUAGAACCAAUCCUAAUUCUUUAUCUAAAAACGGACAGUUUCUAUAAGAUUAUGACCUGUGGACCUGUGGAGCACCACUCCAGCCUUCUUGUAAACAACCAAACCAAAAUGACAUCUUCCACCCCUGA